UGUUCGCCGUCUCCGCUCCAGCCCGGUGCAGAGGUGUGCCGUCCAGGGCGGGUGGCAAAUAGAUCUUGAUCAAACAAAGCUGAUGCUGUCCAAUGUGCCACGAGAAGGAGGUCAGAUUGGUGAGCAUGACAUACGCUGGCUAAGAAGUUUCAUAAGUCAAUAAGAGAACAACAGAUGGGCGAGCGAACGAGGAAACACAUAGGAGAGAUUCGAAGAGAUUAGAUGUUAUGUAUGCAGAUAGCCAAGAUAACGGAGACAUGCAGCAAUAGCGGAUCAAGUCGGGGAGCAAGCAGCCCAUACUCUAUGUGGCUCACCAGUAUUACACGUGUCCUGAGCACAGGGAGCAGCAAAACUGCCGUAAAACGUUCGUCAGGCCGAUAUCACAAUCGACGCCAGAAGACCUUUAGGACUCCGCCGAUGUUCAGACACCAUCUACAAUAGACAUAUCGUCAAACCAGAAGAUCUUGCAAGGCUGUCGUCCUCAGAGAGGGUCUUGACCGUCGUCCCUGGUCUUCAACCGACGGUAACCAGCGUGCCUGUUGUCACGACCUUUCUGCUUGGUGUGCCCAACAUAUUCGCAUUGUUGCUCUUCGCCCAGCCUGGGCUCAUUCAAGGCUGACGCGUUCACCUGGGCCGCCCUAACAUCAAGAUGAUGCGAGACAUCAAGCACUACUUCUCGCGUUCAAAGGCGUUAUGGCCUGAGCGCUGGCUUGUUAUUGCCAGCGUGCAGCACAUCGACAACGCCCCGGGUUUCGUACACGAGCCGGGCGCGUCUGUCCCGCUCUCGUGCGGCCCAGAGCGACUGCGCCGGGAAAGACUUUGCGACGCAAGACAUGCCAUCGUCCUGUGCUGCGUGCUGCUGCACCUUGCGCUGCCCCGUAGCAGGCAGUAUAACGAGUGGGGGACGGAGAUGAACAGUGGGUUUGCAGACACGUCGACUGUCAUGCCUGUGUUUGUGCGGGUGCGGCGAAGUGGGAUGGAUUCGAUGUUCAAGGAGUUCUGCGAAGGCCUUUUGGUACGGGCGUCGACAUCCUCGGGGCUGCAUAGAGUUUACUCAGCUUUGCAUCUAUGGCCUGCCAGAACAAGGCACCGGAGGGGACUGGUUGCCGGAGGCCGGGAUCGACAGGAAUCAACUGCGACGGACGACCAGUCGAUCUGGAGCUUCCGGCACCUACUGCUGAGUCGCCCGGACCCUGACCGAUGGCGAUGAUGUCGCCCUGCUUACUUGUCCUUGGCACAGAACGGUAAUGGCGGAUCAGCCUGGGCACCCAGGCAUGCAGGACAUCACCAUGUCCCAAAACACACUCAAUUCCGCACAGGGCUUAACGGGGAGAUAAAUUGGUGGAUAAUUCGUGGUUACGCGGUGACGCACGCUCCUGGACCUGCGACAAUCGUUGUUCCGCCGUCGGGCUGGUAUAGACGCCAUGAGAGGCCCCACGGCUUUGUGGCGCUGGCGGCGCCGCCAGGAUCGGGCACAAACCGAAGCAUUUUGCCGACGCCUCUGCGAGGUUGGGUCACCUGUCUGCCAUCUGUCCAUAACGCAUGCGCAUGCUAAAGAGGAUAUGCGAUAGUUACUAAUCUCUCUCCAAGGCGAACACCCCCGCAAGCCGACACCGCGAAGCGAGCGAUUGUCGUGACUGUGCACGCGUGCGCUAUGCUUGCUAUCGCCGCUGGAGCUCCUGUGAUUGGUUGACGUUGUGGGCGGGACGCGCAAGAAGCGGUGGAGUGCGCGGUCAGUUACGUCCCGCUAUUCAACCGCUUUGCAAACCGUCCUCACGCACUAGCCGACCCGGAGCGGAGGCCUCGGCAAAGUUGAGCCUCAUCAGACCCCGUCGCGCACCGCGCAUGAAACAGCGUUCGGGCAGAAGCCACCUCGGGCAGAGCCACCCCGAGCCUCAAACACCCGCUGGCAGACCUUAGUCGCCCUGGCGAUCCGCGCAAUUGCCCCUCAAAGGUAGUUCAAAAUUGAAUGAGUCGGGGCUGCAGGCUUGCCGAAGGCCACGAGAUUGGGAGCUGUGUGCGGGAGUUAUCUCAAACGCACACCAUACCUGGAGAGACGCGGUGCUCUAGAUAUAAGUCGCGAAAUGCGAACAGUAUGAACCAGCUUGCUCUCGGGAUACCACUGAGAGACGUACCCUAGAAGUCAGAUUCCCUGCAAAAUCAUCCUCUCGAUGCCUGAUAUAACGACUGCGUCCUUGCGGUUCCCCGCCUUGGAUAGCGAUGCCCCAUUGCCCAUUCUGUCAUUGAGGGAUGCAUUCCUGAUCAUCGUCUUGUCGGCGGCUGGAGUUCAUCUCGUAUUCAAGAAAUGGGAACCCACCAAGUUCCGCAUUCUCGCCUUCCUUCUGUUCUUCAUACCAGCCUGUCUGUCGAUGCUCUUAACCCCUCACCUCGGUACACCACUCGGGGUCGCCGUAUGCUUCCUGACCUAUUGGUCUGCACUCUCGCUCUCGAUCAUCGCCUACCGUGUCAGCCCGCUUCACCCACUCUAUCAAUAUCCUGGGCCGCUGCCUGCCAAGAUUACACAGUGGUGGCACGUAUGGCAGGUCUACAAGGGCAAGCGACACCUGUAUAUCCAGCGCAUGCACGAAAGGUACGGGGACAUCGUGAGGAUCGGACCCAACGACGUGAGCAUCCGCGAUGUUUCUUGUAUCACGCCCGUGCUCGGCGCGCAGGGCAUGCCAAAGAGCGACAUGUUCUACGGGCGGAACAUGUGGCCCGAGCGCCCGCCCCUAAUUGGCUACCGAGACCCCGUGGAGCACAUGCAUCGGCGCAAGCCUUGGAAUCGUGCGUUCAGCAACGCGUCCGUCAAAGAGUUCGAGCCCGUCAUCCAGCACCGCGUCCAACAGCUCGUCGAGGCACUAGGCGACCGCCAAGGCCAAGUCCUCGACCUUGCGGAAUGGCUCAGCUUCUUCACAUAUGACUUCAUGAGCGACAUCAUGUUCGGGGGUUGGACUGAGAUGAUAAGGGAUGGCGUAGACAAGGACGGCCUCUGGGAUUUGUUGCACCGUGGUCUGAGGAUUGGGGCCCUCUGGGGCGAGGUUCCGUGGACUUCGUACUACGCAAAGAAGUUUUCAAAGCUCGGGGAGGAUAACAAAAAGAUGCGUGCGAUGGCGCUCGCCCGCUCUGAGCAGCGUUACGCAUCGGGGUCGAUGUCGAAAGACCUGUUUUAUUAUCUUAGCAACGAAGACGGUACGGACAAGGAAUCCCCACCGCGAGAAAUUGUCGUCGGCGACGGCCUGCUCGCGGUGAUCGCGGGCUCGGAUACGACCGCUACCGUCCUGGCCAACACCAUGUAUGAGCUCCUGCGCCACCCAAAGGUGUACAAGCGGCUACAGGCCGAAGUCGACAAGUUCUACCCACCAGGCGAGGACUCGCUCAAUCCGAGGCAUCUCAAGGACAUGGACUAUCUCGAGGCCGUCACCAAUGAAGGCCUGCGGCUCUACCCUGCAGUGCCCAGCGGCAGCUCGCGCGCGCCGGAAGUCGGCAAGGGUGGAAAGGUUGUCGGCCCUUACUACAUCCCUGAGGGCACACACACGCGCAUCCACUCCUGGUCCGUGCACCGGGACGCGCGCAAUUUCUCGUACCCUGAGAAGUUCUGGCCCGAGCGGUGGCUGAUCGCGGAGGGCAUCGAGCCCGCAUCGGCAGGAGAGGAGAUCGCGCACGACCCGAACGCGUUCAUGCCGUUUUCGUUCGGGCCGUACAACUGCGUUGGGAAGAACAUCGCGCUCGCGGAGAUCAGGCAGCUGCUGUGCCACUUCAUGCAGAAGCUCGACGUGCACUUCGCAGACGGUACCAGCCCCGAGCAGUAUGAGCAUGCGGCGGAGGAUAUGUUCAUCUUUGUCGUCGGGGAGCUCCCUGUCGUUGUGCAGCGCAGGGACUGAGGCGAUUAAGGUUUCUGGUAUACAGGUUUCUGCUUUGAUGUACUUUUAGCUGUUUAAAGGACUGUCACCACACCAUGUAAGUAGGCAUGCGCGAACUAAUAAC